ACUAGGGGUUGUCAAUAUGACUAAUCACAUAAGCAGUGCCCUGCUGGCAUAAAAAUGAUGCUAAUACAUAUUUAAUUCAAUGUGUAUCCAGUGUGGGUGGGUUAGGUUUAUUUGUUCAAUUCAAACAUCUAUGACCAAACAUCCCUGACUGUUUCUGUGGUUCUGACAUACGCAUGGUUUGUUGCAUCUGUUGUAAACUAACAGUUUGUUCCAUCUUUUCUUGUGUAGGUAUUUCCCCCUUUACAAUCCAGCCAAAAUCAAUUGUGGUCACAGAAGGAUCUGUUGCCCGCUUCUCCUGCAAAAUCACAGCAAGUCCUCCCCCAAUCAUCACCUGGGAGUUUAACAGAGUCACUUUACCCUUGGCAACAGAGAGGAUCACUGUACUGCCCACCGGAGUGUUGCAGAUUCAAGGGGUGGGAGACAGAGAUGCUGGUAACUACCGUUGUGUGGCCACUAACAUCGCCAACCGUCGCAGGAGCACAGAGGCCACUCUAACUGUCACUCCAGCUGCCGGUGCCCGACUUCCCCAGAGGCCUCGCAUCAUGGCUGGGCCCCAGAACCUCACCGUGUCGCUGCACCAGAGCGCCCUCCUGGAGUGCAUGGCCACGGGCAAACCCAGGCCACUCAUCUCCUGGAGCCGAGCCGACCACAAGUCCAUCGACGUCUUCAACACCAAGGUGCUGGGCAGUGGGAACCUGAUGAUCUCCGACGUGAAGCACCAGCAUGCAGGGGUAUACAUCUGCAGGGCCACCACACCUGGCACUCGCAACUUCACCAUCGCUGUCGCCAACAUCACUGUGCAAGCUCCCCCUUCACUGGUGGAGUGGCCGGAGAGUCUGACUCGUCCUCGUGCAGGUACAGCUCGCUUUGUGUGCCAGGCAGAGGGGGUGCCCACCCCCCACAUCACAUGGCUGAAGAAUGGCGAGAGGGUCCACUCAAAUGGAAGGAUCAAAAUGUACCACAGCAAACUGGUGAUCAAUCAGAUCAUCCCAGAGGAUGAUGCCAUCUACCAGUGCCAGGCGGAGAAUGAGCUGGGCUCGGUGCUGUCCAUGGCCCGGCUCAUCGUGGUCAUGUCAGAGGACCGGCCCAGCGCGCCUAGGAACACCCGUGCUGACACCGUCUCCAGCUCAGCCAUUCUGCUGGCCUGGGAGAGGCCAAUGUACAACGCCGACAAAGUCAUUGCCUACUCUGUACACUACAUGAAGGCAGAAGGUUUGAAUAAUGAAGAAUACCAAGUUGUCAUUGGCAAUGACACCACUCGCUAUAUUAUUGAUGACCUGGAGCCUGCCAGGAACUACACCUUUUACAUUGUGGCCUACAUGCCCAUGGGAGCCAGCCGCAUGUCUGACCACAUUAUCCAGCACACUCUUGAAGAUGUACCCCUGCGAGCCCCGGAGCUCAGCCUCACCAGCCGCAGCCCGACCGACAUCCAGGUGUCCUGGCAACUGCUGCCACCCAAGCUGAGCCGCGGCCACGUCUCGGCCUACCGCCUGGCCUACCGCACCAGCAGCGACAGCGCCAUCACCCAGCUGGAGCUGCCGGGCCACUACGCGCAGCACCUGCUGGAAGGCCUGCAGCCCGACACCAUCUACCUCGUGCGCAUCGCCGCUGCCACCAAAGUGGGCUGGGGGGAGCAGUCUGCCUGGACAUCCCACCGCACCCCUAAAGCCUCCAGCACCAAAGUGCCCCUGGCCCCUGUGCUGCAGCUGGAGCCUCUGAACUGUACCACCAUUGUGGUCCAUUGGAAACUCUCCCCAGGCAAUGCUGCUGGCAUCCAAGGCUACCGGCUCUUCUAUCACGAGGAGAGCCAGACAGAGAGAGCCCCGAUUCAGUUGCGUGCCCUGGAUAACCACUACACCAUCGGAGGACUCGACCCCAGAAAGAAGUAUCAUGUCAAGCUCCUGGCCUACAAUUUUAUGGGAGAGGGAUACCAAGCAGACCAGACUGUCAGCACCCCUGGAUGUGUCUCCGUCCGUGAUCGUCUGGUACCCCCUCCGCCACCCCCUCACCAUUUGUAUGCAAAGACCAACAGCUCAUCUGCUGUGUACCUGCACUGGGGCCGGCCUGCCUUCAGCAAGGGCCAGACUGUGAACUACACCGUCCGAUGUAAUCCUGUGGGCUUACAGAACGCCUCGCUGGUGCUCUACCUGCAGACUGGUGAACCGAGUCUGCUAGUACAGGACCUGGAACCCAACACCCGCUAUGAGUUUGCAGUUCGUCUCCACAUUGAACAGCUCUCCAGUCCUUGGAGCCCUGUUGUAUACCAGAGCACACUUCCUCAAGCACCCACACAGCCUCCAUCGGGAGUGAAGGUGACGCUGAUUGAGGACGACACAGCCCUAGUGUCCUGGAAGCUACCAGAUGAGUCCAGUGUACCAGUGACUCACUACACCAUCCUCUAUGCUUCCCGCAAGGCCUGGGUGGCUGGUGAAUGGCAGGUGCUCCAAAGAGAAGGGAGCAUCACUAUGGCUUUGCUGGAGAACCUGCAGCCUGGGAACAUCUACCUGGUGAAAGUGUCGGCCUCCAAUGAGAUGGGUGACGGGCCAUUCUCCAGUGCAGUAGAGCUGGCUGUACAAACAGAUGGCUCUUCCUCCGGCCAUGUCCCCAGGCGCUCACAUGGCUCCACUCAUGCCACAGCGUUUUCUGAUGGGUUCUACCACCUGGACCAGAAGUCGAUGACUGGCAUCAUCUUAGGCGUCUCUGUAGCGCUCACCUGCAUCAUUAUCUGUGCCAUUAUCCUUGUGUGUAGGGGCAAAGCCAGGAAAUCCGGCACUACAAAAACUGUGAGACAAGGUGGUGGACAGAUUCCUGCCCUCUCUCAUUUGGCUGGCAAGGUUCAGGUUGAGAACGCAGAGGUUAUGGUGCCCAUGAUGAGUGAUCAUUUUGUUGACGCCAAGGGUGGAACGAAUUUGAUCAUAAAUAGCUAUGGCCCUGUCAACACAAAUCCUGAAGUGAAGAAAAAGAAGAAAUGGCUUUUUUUUGAGAAGGAGGGGAAAAAGAAAAGACAGAAUCAGCGGAGGACCCAAAGCACAUGUUCCUACCAGCAAGGGACCACUGUUCUGUGCUUUAAGGAGGAGGCGCACCAGCCCACUUCCCUGCAGGUUCUGUUCAGCUCGUCGGGAGACACUGAGGGCUCCCAAAACAGUGAGGGGAGCCACGAGACCGGAGAUUCAGGCCGCUACUCCCAUGACGAAAUGGAGAUGACCGAUCUAUCAUCAGGACAAGGCAGCCGGCCGUCUUCUCUGCAGGGAGUGGAGAGUGGUGGGUCUGAAGGUGAAUGUGUCCCUGAGGCUCCGUCAUCGGACCUCGCUGUGGACAUGGGAGAAGACACAGUAGGGCACUGCCAGGAGCAGCGUGAGGUCCCAGACAUUUCCCACCCUGCACUUUCCCUCUAGCGGUGUGAAUGACCCCAACACCCCAUACCUCUGUCCCCGCUCCUUAUCCCCCUAUUCCUCCCUUUCCACCUCCCUCCUGUUUCGAUGGACAAUGAGCAGGAGGCCAAAAAUCAAGAGGCUGCUCAAGAAGACUAGGGCUCUGGCUUCAUAUGUAUGCCAAAGACCUGUGUUUAUUGAAUGUCUCCAUUUUUCUUUAUCUUCCCUUUUUGUGUUUGUCUGUUUGUUUAAAUCUCACCCACCAUGAAUGUUUAAAAAGAUUGUCAAAAAAUGGGAAAUAUGACUGUUACAUUUUCUGACAUUUAUUUAAGUUUGUCACUGGAGCAAAAGGGACAAUGGACCUCCUUUUGCUGACGAUCUACCUCAGUUUACUUCAGGUAAACAUCAACUAUGUAUUUAAUGUCCACUUACAGUGGGGAAACCCAUUGUUAUAACAAUUGAUACUUCCUGAUAGCAAUAAUUUGCUUCAAUUAGCUUAGAGUUGUCUUCUGUCUUUCUGUGCUUUUUUUUUUUUUUCGAAGGAUGGGAUUGUAAGUGCACUGCAUUUCCUUGUUUUAUUUCUCAAGUCAGCACAGUACUAGUGUACUAAUGUAGAUUAUUCAGAUGAAUGCUCUCAGGUAUAUAAUAAUAUUUUCGUCUACAUUCUGCUGCAUUAUGAAGAAACCCAGGAGUGUUCAGUUUACCUUAUUUGAAGCCUUCACAUUUCAAGAAUUUCCAAAGAUGGAAUAAUGCUGCAUUAUGUUUUUUUAUGUAUCUGGAAGUGCAUAUGCCUUUACAAUCCCUGUUUUAUACUACCUCGUUUUAAGCAUUUUUUGUAUUGUUUUUUUUUCUUCCUUAACUCAGGGAAAAAGGUUUAGUACAUUUGAAGAAACCAUGUGUUUUCUGAUGUUCCAUGGUUGAUUGACAGGGUAUCAUCUUUGAGCUGAACUGCUCAUCAUAGUUGGAUUAGUUGCCAUAGGUCUGUUAUGUAUGUUUCUCAAGAUUUUUGUGCCAGUAUCAGUUCAGAGCCUUGUGAUACCCUUCUCACAGGUGGAAAAGCCUUUUUAUUAAGGAUUAUAUGGCUGUUCUAUGGCAGGUGUUCAUUGUUUUAUUGAUUUUUAUUAUUUUGUUUAGUAGGGAUCUUACCAAUACAGCUAUGUUGUUGUACGCAACACAGCUACCCUUAAAACCUUUAAAAUGGCCUUAAUGUGGAUCGAGUUCCUUGGAUUUCAGAGCUAGGAAGCACAGUUUGCUUACCAAAGAUUAUUUUGAGGGGACUCUUUCACACAUGGGGAUGAGAGAUGAGUGAGGAAUGAUUGUUGUUAACCAGUGAACCAGUUAAUGAGUGGAAUCAGUGAAAUGGAAGUGAAGAAUGGAUUGAACACCAAAAAACUUUAACAAUAUAAGAUAUAUAUUUUUUCUUGACUUUUAUGUACUGCUGAGUACAUUCUCUAGUUACUUUAGUUCUUGAAAUAGUCAGUACUAUUUUAGAGUAGGAACAUGAGUUUAGCACUUGUCUCUCAGAUUAGUUUCAGUUUGUAGAUCGCAAUGUCGGUGUGCAACGGUGACUGAUGCUAUAGCCCAAAGAGUCGUUUGCUUCUUCAGUUUUUUUUUUCCUACUGGUCUUUAGGAAUAUCCUCAGGCUAGACCAAAGAUGGAAUGCAGUGGCCUGUGGAUCAGCAAAGAUGCUGCUUUUUGAACAAUUAAAUGCCUUGCACAUUUGUGCCCCCAUUCUGUGACCAAAUGAGUUGAGAUGCGGGUAAUCUCCCACAAAGUGCUCCUGGGGUGUAGGGUACAUGAUGAUGUAAAGGGAUAAUCGAUUAAUCGGAGUGCAAAACAACCAACUAGUCCAGAUUGGUUUCCUCCAAAGAGAUGUUGCUAGUAUGACAGGAUGUGUUUGUAUUAUAGGAGAAAAUGAUAUGCAGAGGUAUGUAUUAUAUUGUAUUUCCUGCCCAACGUUGCAUCAUUCUUUUCAAUCAGAGGAGACCAGUGGUCACUGAAGGCCAUGCUUAAAUCAGAGCGACACAAUCAGUUUUAUUUUCAUUUGAAAAGCAAACGAUAUAAACCAAAGAUUUUAGAGUCACCGUUGCACAUUGGCAAAUAAUCAGGUUAGCCUUUUGUCCUUGCAUGAUGUUUAAUCAUUCUCCCAACAUGUUCUACAGCUGUAAUUCCGUACCUUCUGUAUGCAGUAAAUGGCUAUAGACACACUACUGAGACACCUCAAGGAAAGUCAUACAUGGUUGUGAUUUUAUGUUAUCAUUAUGACAUGUCAGUUCAGCUAACAGCAGUUUGCGUCUACUCUGUGUCUUUUUUACUGUUUUCUCACUGGAGGAGAAACUUUUUUUAUGCUAGUAGGGGACACCGAUAACCUCCCUUUGCAGUACCGACUGAAUUUAAUGUUUGCCUAGCUCUGCCUGAAAUGUUGAUUAUAAUGUGAAUACCUCUUCAAGUGUUGCAGGUGAAUAUUAAUCUGGAAAGCUGUGCUAAAGUUUUACAUUCAUAUUGUAUAUGGAAUUUUUGUUUGUUUUGCUCUUUUAUUGGCAAGUGUAUUCCACUGCAUCAUCUUAGUUUAUGUUGUCUGUGGUCCAAUGGUACUCUUUACUAAAAUAAUAUAGGAAAAUGAAUUCAACACACUGUUUGGCAAUUUAAGCUGAUCAGUUAGUUGCAGAGAUUAUCUCAUUCUUCUUCUGUUGUUAUUGAUAACUUUACUCUGGUAAUGUCUCCAUACUCUCCAAAACACUCAGGCAUGUGUAGUAAUACAAAUGUAGUUUUGAACAAGACACUUAACUCAGGGAUAUCAACUGCGCAGUAGAGAUGUGACCCAGACAUUGUGAGAUUGUAAUGCCCAGUAAAAGUAAGCAGUGUUACAUGGUUCUCAGAGAAAUGAGUGAUGCCGAUCACUCCAGCUAUGUGAUUCUGAAUUGUGUUCAUUUUUGUUUGUUUCAUUUUGUUCUUUUCUUAAAUAUGUGACUGUAGGGAUGAGGCGAAGGCUCUUGUGUGAGCAUUGAUUCUACACUGCUCUGUCGCCUGCGUUGCCUCUGCUGUCACACUACGUGUGUAAAGGCGGUUCUGGUGUACAUGUGUAAUGGCAAAGCAACAAUGGGCUAUAUACGAUUUCACUCAGGGGACCCAUGAAUGUCUUCUGCUGCCACAUAAAACUUGCACCGGCCUUGAAAAUGAAUGUACCUGUUGUAACUGUUACUUGUUUAUGUUAUGUUGUCAUUUUUUCCUGGUCGUUCACAAGAACUAUCAACUUUUUGGAAGGUGUUCCAGUGUGUUUUCUGUAUAAUGACAGUGUUCAUGCCAAAAUAUUAUGUCUAAUAAAAGCCAAGAAUGAUUUGAACCUUUAA